CUCCCCGGCUGGGCGCGAGGGAGUCCCCGGCAGGAGCAGCUUCCCCGUCUCGCAGUCCGAAAAUCCCGCCCGGGCAGGCGCCGAGCAGGGGAAGAUCCAGAGAGGAGAGGGGGGAGGCCGGAGCCCCGCGAGUCCCCGGCCCGCAGGAAGGCAGCAGCCGCCGCGGCGCGAGCAGCCACCGGUCACCUGGCCCCCGAGCGGAAACCUCGCCCCUGGCAACAAAGGCAGCCGCGCGCCCGCCGCACGUUUGCAACUCAAAAAUGCAGUCCCAACAGUACCUGCAGCAGCGUCAAAAGUUUGCAGCUGCCGUGCUGGCAUUCAUUUUCAUUUUGGCAGCUGUGGACACUGCCGAGGCAGGGAAGAAAGAGAAGCCAGAAAAAAAAGUGAAGAAGUCUGACUGUGGAGAAUGGCAGUGGAGCGUGUGUGUGCCCAGCAGUGGGGAUUGCGGGCUGGGCACCCGGGAGGGCACCCGGACUGGAGCUGAGUGCAAACAAACCAUGAAGACCCAGAGGUGUAAGAUCCCUUGCAACUGGAAAAAGCAAUUUGGAGCGGAGUGCAAAUACCAGUUCCAGGCCUGGGGAGAAUGUGACCUCAACACCGCCUUGAAGACCAGAACUGGAAGUCUGAAGCGAGCCCUCCACAACGCCGACUGCCAGAAGACAGUCACCAUUUCCAAGCCCUGCGGCAAACUGACAAAGCCCAAACCUCAAGCAGAAUCUAAGAAGAAGAAAAAGGAAGGCAAGAAACAGGAGAAGAUGCUGGACUGAGAUGCCACCUUCUGUGGAACAUGAAAAGAUGUCAGCAAACAGGAUCAGUUAACCAUUGCAUUUAUACCUACCGUAGGCUUUUUAUUCAAAAUUUAUCUAUAGCUUAAGUAUACUUUUGUUAAGUAGGCAGAAACAAAAAGGAAAGAAAUUUUUUGUAGUAGCAUUUUAAAAAUGUAUACCAUAGUACCAGUAGGGGCUUAUAAUAAAGGACUGUAAUCCUAUUAGAAAGUUGACUUAUAGUACAAGAUAAAUGAUAGGAAAUUGAGGUAAGUUUUUUGAAGUUAUGUGAUAUUUCACACUUAAAAUUUUUUUACACUUUUUUUUUUCUUUUGGCAACAAUUUAAAUGUUAUGGCCAUGUAAACUACUUCUCUCAUUAGGCAUUUUUUUCACCUAGCCUUUUUUUCCCAAUUGAGAAAAAUAGAUACUAAACAAAGCAGCAAUAAAAUAUAAUCAUCCUUUUUGAAGAAAAUAUCUUAUUUUCUGCCAAUUGAUUUUUUU